AUGAUGUUCAUUCACACCAUUAUUCCUUCCCUAUCAUUGAUAUUUCCAUUAAUUCAUUGUUUACCGGAUUAUACUAUUGAAACAUUUCCGGAUUCACUACUUAGACCGGAUCUUUGUAAUCUUAGCUCUCCAGGAUUUGCUUGCGAUCCGGAUCAACUGCUAGAACGCUUUAAUCAUACACUUUCCGGAGCUGAAUAUUUAUCGCAACAUUUACAACGAAUUCGUAAUACGACGGAUUGUCCAUGUCUGGAAGAGGAUAAAUUGUACGAUUACUGUCCGAUCAUUAAUUCACAUGGAUAUACAAUAUCAGUAGCUAUUAUGAAAUCAAUUGAAAUGAAUAGCAGUAUGAUAAAUGCAGAAAAUCGGAUUCAUACGGUUCAAACAUUUGCUGAUAUGUUACGACAGCGUCAAAAUCGUAGUCAAUGCGCUGAUGAUGCAUUGAUUGUAGCAGUUACUGAUUGGAAAGCUGUCUAUACAUCACUAGGUGAAGUGAUUGGAAGAAUGCUUACAUCAAGUAUUAUCACGAGAAUAACUCGAGAAGCUGGUAUUUCCAUUUCAGUAAUAUUUUAUACAAAACUCUAA